CUUUCCUAAACCUGAUGUUCAGGCUAAAGUUAGCACACCCAGGCUAGUAUAUAAGACCCCAGAAAGGAACUACGAAUAUGUCAGUCACAUCAGUGUGGUGUAUACUUCUCCUCUUUGACCAACGGCAAAAAAAUUGAGAGAUGGCACCCAAGAAGGCCAAGAGGAGGCAGCAGGCAGAGGGCGGCAGCUCUAAUGUCUUCUCCAUGUUUGAGCAGAGCCAGAUCCAGGAAUACAAGGAGGCCUUCACAAUCAUCGACCAGAACAGGGAUGGUAUUAUCAGCAAGGACGAUCUGAGAGAUGUGCUGGCUUCCAUGGGUCAACUAAAUGUGAAAAAUGAGGAGCUGGAAGCCAUGGUCAAAGAGGCCAGCGGCCCCAUCAACUUCACUGUCUUCCUCACCAUGUUUGGUGAGAAGCUAAAGGGUGCUGACCCUGAGGAUGUUAUCGUGAGUGCUUUCAAAGUUCUGGACCCUGAGGCUACAGGCACCAUCAAGAAGGAAUUCCUUGAGGAACUCCUGACCACCCAGUGUGACAGAUUUACCGCUGAGGAGAUGACCAACCUUUGGGCUGCCUUUCCUCCAGAUGUGGCUGGAAACGUAGACUACAAGAACAUCUGCUACGUCAUAACACACGGAGAGGAGAAAGAGGAAGAAUAACUCAAUCCAUCAGCCAUCUCUCUACCACCUCAUUAACACACCAUCUUGUUACAUUUUCAGUCUCCCCAAGGUACAUCUGUCCUCUCACAGAAACACUUGUCUAAACUGGAGGUCUUUUGGUAUCUGGGCUCUCUGAAUGUGAGUUACAUGUAGCUAAUGUGAUUAUUUUCAAUAAAAUAAUCUAAAAUCAUGAAAUCACAAUCUCUCUGUUCUGUCUGCCAGUGUUUCCCUUCAUAAAUGUAUAGGAAGAGGAGAUAUUUAAAGAGAUGGUGCAUCUCUGUAAUAGAUUCAAUGUUUCCUGUUUGUUUUCUUGGAGGAAAAGUAGGAAGGAAAGACACUGAACACUAAUAGACACUAAUAGAAGAUGCAGAGGAAGACAGAGUGAGGAUGAGGAAAUGAAACAAAAGAAAACAUCUUUGUUUUUACUUUUUCUCCCUUGUUUACUCCUCCAUUCCAAAGUCCUCAUUUUUUUUUUUUUUUGGCAUUUUUCUUUCUUUUCUCUUGAUUCAUCUCUUUGUCCUCAAAACCACCUGUAACUUAAAAGUAACGCAAAUAAAAGUACAUAAACCUUU